UUUCAAGCAUUAUUAUUAUUAAUAUUAUUAUUAUAAAAAGAAAUGCAAAAUAUACUUGGAUAUAUAUACUGCUAACGUAAUGGAACUGAAAGUAUGGGUGGAAGGAAUACAACGUAUUGUGUGCGGAGUUACAGAAAAUACAACUUGUCAGGAUGUUGUGUACGCACUUGCACAUGCAACAGCACAAACCGGUAGAUUUACCUUAGUUGAACGUUGGAGAACUAAUGAACGACUUUUAGCACCAUAUGAAAACCCUCUUAAGAUUUUAUUAAAAUGGGGAGAAUAUUCUUCUGAAGUCCAGCUGAUUUUGAGACGUUCUACUGAUAACAAUAAGAAUCCAGGAUCAUCAACAUCACGUAUAACACAUGGAACACGGAUAAAUGGAACAUCAAAUAUGUCAGCGGAAGUUGGUGCAACGAAUAAUGUUCAAGAGGAUUCUAAAACUACUCCAACUAAUUUGAAUUCAGAUUUUGAUGAAUUACAGCAAGGUGGUGGUCUAGAUAGAAAUCGUGAUACUAGGAAAUCAUUAACGUUUGCUGGAUUUCAAGGAAAUCUUACUGAGAAUAAUGCUGAUGUUCAAAUGGAAAAUGUUGCUAUUGUUCAACCUACACCCCAUUUUAAAAACAAAGAAUUAAAUAUUCGAAAAAAUAUUCCACCGUCUCCAACGCGAGGUGCUAAUCCUGAUAUUAAUACGCAUUUAUCUCAGAAAAAAAUAAGGGAAGUUCCUCCUUAUAGAGAUCCUCCAGGACCAGCAUCUCCUCCAUUACGAACAUUACCACCAUAUAGAGAUCCACCACCACCAAAUUUAAAUAGUCCAGCAAGAUCACAAUUUGCUCCUAGCACAAACAGUAAUAUUUUAAAUAUUCAUAAAGAAGAACAACCAUCAUCUAGCAACACUGUCAAAUUGAAAAGAAAUUUAAUUCAGGAAUUUCAAGAUACAAAAAGUCAAACGCAAGGAAUUGCUCAAUUAUCUGGUCAAACACAAAAUAUGAUGACAGUUGCUUAUACCCAACGUUAUGUUGAUCUUAUUAGACUAGUCAAUAAACAAAGAGAUACUAUUAGUGCACAACAAGCUGAUCUCACUAAAUUCGAUGCAGAAAUAUUAUAUUGGGAAACUAAAAAUAGAGAACAAAUGCACCAAAUGGAUUUCAUUUCACAAGAAUUAAAUCGCAUUGAAGCUAACGGUCGUAUUAUAGAAGAUCAGCUCAAAGAAUUAGCUCAUGUGGAAGAAGAAAGUGAAAUUGUAAGGCAGCAAGAGAAAACAUUAAAGUCGGAGAUAACACUUCUCAGAUCAAAGCUAGCUAAUUGUGAAACGGAAUUACUUCAAUGUAAAAAUAAAAUUAGAUUUAUCAUGGAGGAACUUACUGUAGAACAGCACAAUACCAAUCGUGAAACAGAUGAGCGUCAAAUAAUUGAACGAAAAAUAAUCAACGAAGUUGAACGUCUUCAGAAUGAAGUAGAACAAGCUAAACGAUCUGCCGAGUUAGCAUCGCAAUGUGCGGAAUCGUUAAAACUUGAAAUAGUUAGUCUGGAGACAGCGAUUGUAGAAAAAAAAUUACAAGUUGAGAGAUUAGUUGCUGAUAUGAAAGAGGCGAAUUUACAAAGUUUAACCGUUGCUUGUCAAGAUGAACAAGUGAAAUCUUUACUUGAAGGUGCCUAUAAACCAGGAAGUACACGUAAAAUGAUAGGAUCACCUAGACAGUUAGAAACAGCAGUACCCACAAGUAAAAAUCCACAUGGCGUUUGGGUCUGAACAAAAUGCAUUAUGUAAAUAGAUUUAUAUAUGAAUGUUUGUUUAUAUACAAGAAUAAUCGUGUAUUUACAAAAGUAUUGCUUGCUGUUUAUCAAGUUUAUAACAUUCCGACGGAUGUUCAAUACUUUAUCUGAACAUUAUGAGAGGAAUUAUCAUUAUAGUGUUCUACUUAUUCAUUCCUUCUCUAUUAUUGCAAUAAAAAUUCAAGAAGAUUAGAGACAUACAAAUGUAAUAAUUAUCCUUAUUGAUAUACACAUGUAUAUAUAUAUAUAA